AUGGCGAAUGCAUUAAAAAUCAAAUGUGGUAACGCAAAAGGGCGCUUAACGCGGGCAGCAGCAUUUGUGGAAACAAUAGAUGAAUCCACAACUCUAGAAAUGCUUGAGAUACGUUUGAAUAAACUUGAGACCGCGUGGUCAGAAUUUUCUUCGCUUCAUAACGAGAUUCUCGAACAAUCUCAAGAAAGUCAAGUCGCAAUUCGCGAAAGGGUAAAUUCCAAUGAACUUUCGUUAAAUAAGUCAGCUAUAGAUCGGUUAGUUGACCAGCAAUCGGUUUUUUUGGAAAAAUUAAAUAAUUCGUCUUCGUUGUCGCCGAAUAAUUCAAAUACAACCAAACUUCCAAAUAUCGUUGUGCCACCGUUUAGCGGAAGCUAUAAGGAUUGGCCAUCCUUUCGAGAUUUGUUUCUCGGAUCAGUUGACACUAAGACGAAUCUUAGUCCAACUCAUAAGUUCCACUAUUUGAAAUCGUAUCUACGUGAUGAUGCCGCUAAUCUCAUAAAGCACAUUAGCAUAUCCGAUGUUAAUUAUGCUGAAGCAUGGGAUCGUUUAGAAAAGCGUUAUGAUCGUAGACAAUUAAUCGCUCAAUCGUUUAUUGAAACUUUUUUGUCGCUUCCUACUACAAAUGUUUGCAAUGUUCAAACUUUAAGAAAAAUUUCUGAUGGUGCCGAUGAAGUUGUGCGUGGGCUUAGUGCGUUGGGUAAAUCGAGUCGCGACCCAUGGCUCAUUUAUUUGUUAUUGAACAAACUGGAUCCCGAUUCAAAACAAGCUUGGGCAGAACACAUCGGUUCUCGUGAAGACUGCACCAUAGCAGAAUUUUUAGAAUUUUUAGAAGAGCGGUGCGAUGCUCUUGAGGCAUGCCAAUCUCUUAAUGGUCGUUCGGUCACAACGCGUACAAAGCAACCAACUAGCAUUCGGGCUCAUUUAGCUGGGCUCUCAGAUUCAGCUACGUCAUCAAAAUGUGCAAUGUGUAAAGAGGAUCAUAUCCUUCCGCAGUGUGCCAAAUUCGUCGCGCUAGACAUUGACUCUCGUCGAAGUUUUGUAAAAACAAAUUUACUUUGUUUUAAUUGCCUUCGUGCUGGCCAUUCGUCGCUUAAAUGCCGUUCCUCGUUUCGUUGUCGGGUAGUAACCAUUCGCUUGAAUUUACCUAUUCCGGGUCACAAUCUACUUUCGUUGUUGAAUCUUUCGCUCAAAGACUCGGGUUUCAUAGAACUCAUUCAAGAAUCCCUAUUCUCGGUUUAUCGGCUACGGAAAUAG